AUGGGACCAGAGGCAAAAAAGAAGAAGAACCAAAAAAAGAAGCAGAAGCAGAAGCAGAAGAAGGAUUCUCUAAAAGAUGUGGAAUCUCACGAAGCAACCGAAAAGCAUGCUGUGAAUGCGGAUGCUCCAAUUGAAAGUAUUUCAGAAGGUAGGGACGAUUCCGAACAAUUUCAAGAAGGCUCACAAAAUGACAACGAACUUACAGUAACGCAUAAGGUGCAGGGUGAGUUAGGCGUAACAGAAUCUUCUGUGGGGCCUGGUGCUGCCAAGGCACCAAACCCACCAUCUGCGAGUGAAGAAGGCCUGGGUCUUGGAGAAAAGCCUGUUUCAAAUUCGGCGAACCAGAGUGCUGCCAAUAACACCAUUGCAGACAGCCCAGAAUUCGCAGCGUUGCAGGACGGCGAAAUGGAGGCCGAAACCGCCGCUGAAAGAAAUACAUUAGAAACAGCAUCGCAAGCCAAUAACGAACAAGAUUUGAACGCAACUGCUAAUUCGGAAAUGAGACCAAAAUCGCCAAUUUCGUCAAUUAGGGAGCCGCCUCUUGAUCCGGAUUCACAAGUCAACUUAGCUAACUCUGAUAGUUCUGCAACUGGCUUGAAAACAGAUAUUGAUGUAUUUGGACAAGGAGAGGUGUUUGCCCCCAGUGUUUCGUUAGAAUUGAAGCAAAACAGUGAAAAGCAUAAAGAUGAAGGCUUCUCUACCCAACUCGACUUAUCCAUGGCUCCACCUAUAAAUGGUGGCUUUUCAUCAAGCGGAGCAAUUGAACUUGAAAAUGUACAAAGCGAGGACGUUGUCGGGCUGAAAGAACCACCAAGUCCACGAGAAGAUCAAGUCAUAAACUUUGAAGUAUCAUCUGAUGAUUGGUCAAGAAAUGACUAUAAAGUUUCCACCCACGAUAAAGAGCCACUACCGAAACACGAUACGCAAGUCAUCUCAGGCACGAACAUUCCUAUUUCUUCAAGGCAGAGUUUGUCUUCGCCCGGCCGUGAGGAGAGUUUCGACAACCAAGGUGUUUCCUCCGCUGACAAGCACGAAUCUAGCAGACCUGGCAAUUCGCACCUGGCUGAGGACAAUGUUCACACGGUGCAUGAGCAUGAGGGCGAUGCUGAAUCUUCAGUCGUUUCGCAAUCACAGGUUCUCAAUCCUACCCUCGAAACUGAGGCAGUAAAGUCAUCAGAUUUGGGCAAUCUGAGAGUAUUUUCUGAAAGUACAGUAUCUACCCCGGAGCCUGAGCAAAAUUGGGAGCGUGCUCCUGUCCCCCACUUGAAUUCUGAGUUAAAGUCCAGUAAGUCUACUCAUGAAGAUACUCAACAAAAUGUUCUUGCUUCAGAGAAUUUUGUUGAUCUUACAGCUUCUACAGAAAGUAUAAACGCAGAUUUCGAGUACAAUAAAAACCAUGUUGCUAUGGAGAUGCAUACUGCCCAGCCAAAAGAGCUGCCUGUUGAACAAAGUACUGAACCCAGUCAGGAACAGGAACUUUUAUUCACUCAGGAGCCAGAUCGCGAGCCUUUACCAUGGGAAGAACAAAAUGAAGUCUCUACGAAGGCUACCGAAGAAACGCCAGAUAUUUCAAAUUUACAGGAAUCUUUGUUGAGUGCUGAUCGUUCGCGCGUCUUGGAAACUCCUGGAGAUAUAACUUUCCCAGCCCAGACAGACGCCUCAAUCGGCAACAUGUUCCCAGAUGACUCCGAGGUUGUUGAUGAGGAGCUCCCAUGGCAGAGCAAUCAACGUUCGCCAAGUCUAGCGAAAACCGAGGAUUUGAUAUCCUCGCCCGAUCUUUUCACCAAAGAACCGAAACACGGUGAAUGUAACUAUUCGCCCGAGCGGCUUUCUAGUGAUCGGGACAGUCAAAAUGGUUUGCUACCAUGGGAAGGUGUUGAAAAUGAAGACGGCGAUUCUUCUGUUAUUCAACAUUCUAUUAACGCUGCUGAAGAGCCUAAAAAGUUUUCAUUUUUAGAGAAUGAUGACGACCUCCUCGAUGAUGAUGACAGCUUUUUGGAUUCAGAUGAAGAUCUGGCGGAGGGGCUUGCGGUUCAGGUAACUACGGAGGCCCCACACGAGGCUUCAGACCCAAAAAUUGCACCCUUGGGCUCUUCUUUGCAGCAAAGAGACCUUUCUAAAAGCUACGUGCCUACCUCAACACCAGCUGUACCACCAAAGAAUGCAUAUGUUCAGCCCAUUGCCCGCAUCAUAUCAGGAGCGGAAAGACAGCCGUCGCCUGAUAAAAAAAUUUCCAAAUAUGAACCCUCCACUCAGAACCAGAGCACAACUUCAAACGUAAGCCCGAUCUCUUCUUUUGCCACCGUCAACCCAUCAUUACGUACAGGCUUUGCUGCAAAUGUAAAACCUAUUGAAAGCAUCCAUAAACAGUUGGAUGAAGAAAAGAAAAGGUCCGACGCAUACGACAUACCACUGGAGAUUGCCCCACGUAAACCCAAAAAGGUUAAUCAAGCGAAACCUUUCGGUGCUUCGAGCUCUACCCUAUCUUCCAGUAACUCAGUCGCGGCCCUGCCUCCUAAUCAGCAUGGCACGCCGCUACCUUCAAAAAUCAAAACCACUCAUGGUGGUCCUCCUAUUUCAGUUAAUCAGAGUGCGGUUAACCCACCAUAUAGAGCGCACGCAGAGUGUCAUGGUGCCAAAAUAAAUCCGACCUUGCCGAAUGCUCCAACUUCAAUUGAACAAGUUGGAUACCCCCACGUUAACACCCAUGCUCCCCCUUAUUUAACGACAGCCGCAUCCCUACCACAGAAGCAACAGAACUCUUACGAGCCAACCGUAAAUUUGAGGACAACUUCGGUGGCAAAAGAUGCACCAGCAUCAAACAGAUAUGCCCCUUCGUCAACUAAUCCUGAGCCCCCGAAAAAUGUUAAUGCUAUGUACCAGUAUCCAUCACAAAGUGCUCGGAUAAGAGCGUUUAGUAACGUUUCUAAUGGGAGUAUUGGAUCUUUUGGCAGCUCAAAUAGUCAAUCCAACGUUCCCCCAACUUCGAGACCCUAUGUUCAAGUCUCAUAUGCUGAUAAAGGCCUUCAACAGGAUCCUUAUGCUCGUAUCGAACAUCAAGCACCAUUGGUUCCUGCUUUAAAGACAGCAGGCCUCUCCACAAUCGGUCAGGCAGCCUUAUCGCCUAAUACUCAGAGAAGAAGCCAUGCACGUUCGAAUUCUAGCGUUUAUGCUCCGGCAUAUUCGUCCAAAUAUGCACCAACUGUUCAACCGCAGUUUCAGUUGCCCUCGCAUGAUGGCAUGAAUACCAAUUAUUACGCCAGCGCACAUUCUGGACCUUCAGCUGCUUCGAAUUCUUUCAAACCCAAGACAAAUCAAGCGAAUCUGAUUGCGGAUGUCAUCAACGAGCAGCCAGUUGAUCCACAUAUUGCUUUUCACAAACAGUUUCCUAUUUUUCAUUGGGGAAAGUCAUCAAAGGUCGUCUACGCUUUGCCAUCAAAAGCAGAAUCUGACGAUUACUUGUCGUCAACAAACCUUGGACAAAAGAUUCAUGUGAGCGGCUAUGAUGCUAUUGUAGAACCGUCCAUACUUCUCAAAAAUUUCCCGGGUCCGCUAAUGAAGAACAAGAACAAAAACAAGGAAAUUCAAAAAUGGAUUGAAGAUACCUGCGCCUACCUCAGCAAGCAACAACCCUUGAGAGACUUGACACUGCACAAAGUCUUAAGCUUAAAACUUUCUCCUCAAACGGCUUUAAGGAGUAUAUCCCAGACUCUAUACAACUCUGAUGAAUUACUUCCUUUCUUGUCUCAACCAUCCAUGAGGAAAAAGGGUUCCUUCAACUCUCAUAAACUGAUUGAAAAUGAUCAAUUGAAAGUUUUGGCUGCGCUGCAAACAGGUAAUCAUAGCCAAGCGCUUGAAUUGGCCCUCUCUGAAGGGGAUUUUGCUCUCGCUCUAAUACUGAGUAGCUUGGUUGGAAAAGAAAAAUGGUCCGAGGUUGUUGACAUUUAUUUACGUGAGGAAUUUCACUCUAUUAAUGAUAAUUCCAAUGAUUUCUCUGCAAAUUUACUUGCCCUCAUUUUCCAAGUUUCUGUUGGAAACAGCAAGCAUGUUGUGAAAGAAAUCAGCACAAAUGCAUCCAAAGAAAAUUGGGCGAUGAACAACUGGAAGAUCAUUAUCUCAGCAGUUUUGAACAACGUGAAACAUCAGUCAAGCGAUUCCUCGAACAAUUCUCAUGAGGUACCACCACUUGCUCUAGAAUUUUUGGUCGAGUUCGGUAUCUUUUUGCACCAAAGAGGUAUGAUCAUAGAGGGUAUAACAUCCUUUGUAAUUGCUGACGUUCCCUUAUCAGAUCAUGAAAUGGUACCAGGAUCAGGAUUGAAAUUUAAGUCUCUCGGUAGUGAAAACUCAAGCGAGGGCAUCAUUCUAUCCGAAAUCUACGAAUUUUACUGCGGUACCAAAGAUCCAAAGUAUACCGGAUUCGAUUAUUUGCUGCUUCAAAAGCUAGCCCAUUCUUCAGCCUUGAUUGAGUGUGGCAUGAACGCAGACGGCACAAGAUAUGCUGACUAUGUCGCACUAGCUUUAAGAUCAUUGCCAAGAAAUAGCUCACUGGCCUGCACCGUUGACUUACGUUUGAAUUUCGUUUCCUCUAAAUUGAUUGGAACGAAUGCCAGCUGGCUAGGCAAACCCAAGUUAAGUCAAGUGUGGGGCCAGCUCGACAAAUCCUUCAACAAAUUCAUAGGCGGCGAUAAUGAGGAGAACAACGCAGAUGAAUCGGGAAAAAUUUUUGAGAAUUUUACUCCCAAUGGCUCGAGAAACAGUUCAAAGAUUGAUUUAAGUCAGCCAUCGUCUUCCUUCAAUCCUGCUGCCUCACUUAACAACUGCAAUCCACCCAACUUUGUGCCAAAUUUGGGAAGACCCCCACUACACACCAAUGUGUCCUCGUCGGGAGCGUUGUCGAAAGGAAGAAACCCUAAUGGCUCCGCAGCUCACGAGUCUAAGUAUGAGCCCUCUCAAAGCCAAAAACAAUGGGGUUCAACACCAAACCAUAAGCCAUCGAUGGAUGCUACAAGCUCGUUCGACUCGCCCAUUCAGACAAUCUAUCAAAAUUCUCCUAUGCGGUCAAAAGAUCAGCUUAUCACGGCCAUGACUCCCCCUCCAUUAUUUUCUACUUCGUCUAAGAAGUACACGAAUAGAAAAGGCCAUAACACCGGAGAGACUAAUCCUUUCGAGAUGAAAGUGGCAGCUACAGAUAAUUUGCUAACUUCACAGCCCCAUUCUGGACUAAAGAGAUCGAUUAAGGGAGAAACCCCUGCAAAUGCAGCCUUGCUCGCAGAUUUACAGGUUGCUCCUCCUCCCAUUUUUGGAAGCUCAAGUAUUUACAAGAGCAGAAGGAAUUCUGCUCAGUCUCGAAGUAGCGCCCAAUCACAGUAUUCCAACCUAUCCUCCCCAAAACACGUACCCAUUUCGCUGGCUUCAUCAGGCCCUAGCUACUCACCCGAUCUUGCAAGAGCUGAAUCAUAUCAGGCGCAGCAGCUAAGCGUUAGGGACAAUACCUCGACUGGCGGCUAUCUUUCAUCAGAGGGAUUGAGUCAGGAAAAAUGUUUGGACGUUGAAAAUUCAGCUACUAAUACGCUACAAACAUUGAAGGGAGACUUGGAUGGAGAAGCUUCACAAGGCCACAUCCGUGACCUGUACGAUGAAUCAGAGGCUACCAAUGAAGAAGGCACAAAUGGCUUUCAACCUUUGCAAAACAAUAGUUCAGCUCCUGAGAGCGUAUCCGAGGUGAGAGAAACAGACAUUGUUACUUCUCAAAUCAGCGAUGCUGAAACUGUCAAUGAGAAGCUGGGUGUUGCUCGUAAACUGUCUGUAGGUACUGAGCCAGUCUCAAAUGCUCAUGCCAGUUACUUUGACAUUGAAAUAUCAAAGAAUGAGCGCAGGGAAAUGCAGGCGGUAUCUUCAGCCCCUAAGCAGUCUAAUUUGGGCUCUAAUAACGGCAAUAAUCCUUACGCGCCAGCGCAAAGUGGGAGAACAACAAAAUCCUCUCAUAAUCCGUAUGCCCCGACAAAGUCACAAUCAGACUUGGAUAAUCAUGGUACGCUCAAACUCAUGGACGAUACUAAUCAAGAGGCUUCGCAGGAAGAAUUGAACAUGUUCUCAUAUGGUGGAUAUAAUGUCCAGGAGACGUUUGCACCUGAGGCACAAGCAGAUAAAUUUGAUGACGGCAAAGCAGCUAAGCAUUUCAAUCAGUAUAACGUUGAGGGCACCUCAAACUUGGAACAUUCAAUAUGUCCUGUGCAAGACUUGACGCCCAUUGAGGAGAAGAUACCGACGCCCGCUCUUGAACCUCGAUUUCAACCAGUUUCAAGCAAAAAGUUGAGUCUAAGUAUAAGUUCAGAAGAAGGGGACAAAUUGUUCAGCUCUAUUAGUGCCCCAGUUAUUAGGCCUUCUUCCAACCCCAGUUUCAAGCCCUUCACUCCUGCAGCCCCAGCAGCAGAAGAAUACUACGACGAUAUUGUGGAAAACGAAUCGGAUGAAGAUGAGGAAGCUACUGAAGCAGCGAAAGUGAAGAAGGCAGAGGAGGCGAAAAAGGCAGAAGCGAAAGCUAAGAAAAGGGAAGAAAGGGAUAAGGACGAGCGCGAUAAAAGCCAACAUGGCCCUUCGUGGUUUGGUUGGUUGCGUAAGGAAACCAAUGAGAAAAAGCCAGUGAAGGCCAAAUUGGGACAUCAAAAUACUUUUUAUUAUGAUGAUAAGCUACAAAGGUGGAUCAAUAAAAACGCCACUGAGGAGGAGAAACAGCAAGUUUCCACACCUCCUCCUCCGCCCCCCAUUAUAAAAAAGAAGGCUGAAGGCUCACCCAAGGUUAAGCCUCGUACAGGCUCUAUUGCUGGAGGAGCAGCUGCCAGAACUGCAGCAUUCGUUCCUCCAACGAACCCUCUAAGCAAAGACCCAAUUAGCGCUGCUGGUUUAGAAAAAGAUACUUCAAAUAGUGGGUCGCCUUCUGUAAGCCCUAGCGUUAGUCUCUCUGGUAAAAAGGCCAAUGGUCUUGAAGAUUUGAUGUCCCUAGUGGGAAAUGCAGGUAGCCAAACUGGGACAAGAAGAAAGAAGAAGGGUACGAGAGGUUACGUCAACGUUAUGAACAAUAUGUAG